AUUAAAGUUGAGGUGCGGGUCCGCCCCGGUAUGCCGCCCCCCAGCCCGGUGUGAGGGGUGCAGAUGGGCCGAGGCAGAAGAUCUGAGCGGGAGAUGUGGGCGCCGUGCGUGUGGAUCGCUCUUCUUGGGCUGCUCCAGCCGGCUGGGGGACUGGAUGUGCAUCUCUAUCCCGGGACCCCCGGAGGAGCUAACCUGUCUAUGGGAGCGGGGUGGACUUAUCACUUGGAGGGCUCCCGGCAGAUGAUGGAGACCGUGGAGGUGACCGAGCUGGGGCAGCUGAGGCUGACUUCUGGGGCAACUUGUAAGCGACUUUCCAGCCUCCCGCAACCUGUGUCUGCGCUGCUGUCCUCCCGGAGGGAGCUCACCUCCAUAUCUCUACGGCUGCAAGUGUACGUGCACGGGCAGGACUGUUACACCAAGCACCGGAGGAAGAGCUCCUGGCCAGGGGAGCUUGAUGUGGAUAUUGAGCACCUGGCUGCCCCAGGGGAGCCCCCGUACCCCCCGGACCUGUUGGACAGGACGCAGGAGCUGGUGGCCGCCGUGACGGGGAGCUCGGGAUGUACAGUGAGAGGGUCACCCUCCUACCCAGACCAGGGUGGCAGCAUAGAUGCUAGAGGGCUUCGGGUGUUGCUCGUUUGCCCCACUCAGGACUCUUCAGGGCAGGUGAUGGCGCGGGUCCGACUGAAAGCUGACGGAGAAGAAGCCAAGGUGGCCUCUUCCAGACGGAGAAGGGCAAAGAGGAAUACAAAUAGUACCCCUCAGUUCCAGCUAUACAAUUACCAGGCUUCAGUACCGGAGAACGAGCCUGCGGGGACACGAGUGACCACCCUGAAGGCUUCGGACCCGGACGAUGGAGAGUCCGGCAGGGUGGAGUACUUCAUGGAGGCUCUGUUUGACAGCAGAUCUAAUGACUACUUCGAGAUAGAUCCCGAAACGGGCACUGUUACCACCACUCAGCCACUGGACAGGGAAACUAAGGACACCCAUGUACUGAAGGUGACGGCCACCGACUUUGGCUCGCCCAGGAGGUCGGCCACUACUUUCCUCACAGUGACAGUAAGUGACACCAAUGACCACGUCCCCAUGUUUGAGCAGUCCGAGUACAGGGAGAACAUCAGGGAAAACUUAGAAGUGGGCUACGAGGUAAUGACCAUCAGGGCCACCGAUGGAGAUGCCCCUUCUAAUGCCAACAUGCUGUACAGGCUGGUAAACGGCGACGGGGUGAAUGCAGUGUUUGAGAUAGACCCCAGGUCAGGGGUGGUCAGAACAAAGGCACAGGUGGACAGAGAGUCCGUUGCUGACUAUCAACUCAUAGUGGAAGCCAAUGAUCAGGGGAAGGACCCGGGCCCCAAAAGUGCCACGGCUACCGUCUAUAUCUAUGUAGAGGAUGAAAACGAUAACUACCCUCAGUUCACAGAGAAGAGGUAUGUGGUGCAAGUGCCUGAAAACGUCAGCCCCAAUACUCAGAUACUGCAGGUCCAAGCUACGGACAGGGAUAAGGGCAACAAUGCCAUUGUCUACUAUAGCAUGGUAAGUGGCAACAUCAAAGGCCAGUUCUUUAUCCAUUCACUGACUGGGAGCAUUGAUGUCAUUUACCCCUUGGAUUAUGAGGCCAUCAGAGAAUAUUCCUUACGGAUUAAAGCGCAGGAUGGUGGGCGGCCACCACUAAGCAACACAACUGGCAUGGUGUCAGUGCAGGUCAUUGAUGUGAAUGAUAAUGCACCUAUAUUUGUUAGCACCCCAUUUCAAGCUACUGUCUUGGAGAAUGUGCCCAUUGGUUACUCGGUAGUUCAUAUCCAAGCCAACGAUGCGGAUUCCGGUGACAAUGCCCGCAUACAGUACAGCCUCACUGACAUUCCUCCAAAUUUCCCCUUCGCGAUUAACAAUAACACCGGCUGGAUUACAGUGUCUGCCGAGCUGGACCGAGAAACAGUGGAGCUCUACACCUUUGGAGUAGAAGCCAGAGACCAUGGGGAUCCCAUCAUGACGUCAUCGGCAAGCGUAACUAUAACAGUACUGGAUGUGAACGAUAACAACCCUACCUUCACUGAGAAGGUCUACCAGCUGAGGCUCAACGAGGAUGCUGCUGUUGGGAGCAGUGUCCUCACCAUGACUGCUGUGGACAAGGACGUAAACAGUGUUGUGACAUAUCAGAUCACCAGUGGGAACACCAGGAACCGAUUUGCCAUAACCAGUCAGAGUGGCCAUGGGCUGAUAACCCUAGCACUGCCUCUGGAUUACAAGCAAGAGAGACAAUAUGCCCUAACUGUAACUGCAUCUGACGGCACCCGCUCGGACACUGUCCUAGUAUUCAUCAAUGUGACAGAUGCCAAUACCCACAGGCCAGUAUUUCAGAGCUCUCAUUAUACAGUGAGUGUGAGUGAAGACAAACCCAUAGGCACCUCUAUAGUCACUAUAAGCGCCACAGACGAAGACACAGGGGAAAAUGCCCGAAUAACAUAUUUCAUGGAGGAUAACAUCCCCCAGUUUAGGAUAGACCCUGACACAGGUACGAUCACAACACUCAUUGAACUGGACUAUGAGGAUCAAGCUUCCUACACCUUAGCUAUCACGGCCAAGGACAAUGGCAUCCCACAAAAAUCUGACACCACCUAUGUAGAGAUCUUGAUUCUCGAUGCCAAUGACAACGUCCCACAGUUCCAAAGGGAUAGGUACCAAGGUUCUGUGUUUGAAGAUGUUCCACUUUCCACCAGCGUGCUUCAGAUCUCAGCCACCGACAGAGACUCUGGGCUUAAUGGGAGGGUCACUUAUACUUUUCAAGGAGGAGAUGAUGGAGAUGGAGACUUCUACAUAGAGCCCACCUCAGGCAUCAUCAGGACAUAUCGAAAGCUGGAUAGAGAAAAUGUGCCGGUAUACAACCUAAAAGCUUAUGCAGUGGAUAGGGGCAACCCUCCUCUGAAAGCUCCCGUGGAUAUUCGUAUCACAGUGCUGGACAUCAAUGACAACCCCCCGGUGUUCGAGAAGGACGAGCUGGAUAUCUUCGUGGAGGAAAACAGUCCCGUGGGGUCUGUCGUGGCCAAAAUAACAGCCACUGACCCAGAUGAAGGUACCAAUGCUCAGAUAAUGUACCAAAUAGUGGAAGGAAACAACCCGGAGGUUUUCCAGUUGGAUCUGUUCAAUGGAGACUUGACAGCUCUGGUAGACCUGGACUAUGAAGUCAAGACAGAAUAUGUCAUCGUGGUCCAGGCGACCUCUGCCCCUUUGGUCAGCAGGGCUACAGUCCACGUGAAAUUGUUGGAUAAGAAUGACAAUGAUCCUGUUCUGCAAGACUUUGAGAUCAUAUUUAACAACUAUGUGACCAAUAAAUCCAACAGCUUUCCAACAGGAGUAAUUGGCAAAAUCCCUGCUUAUGACCCAGAUGUCUCUGAUACUCUCCAUUACAGCUUUGAGCAAGGUAAUGAGUUAAACCUUCUCAUUCUGGACUCCUCCACUGGAGAAUUAAAGCUCAGCCGGGACUUGGACAAUAACCGACCUCUGGAAGCCCUGAUGAGGGUCUCAGUUUCUGAUGGUAUUCAUAGUGUAACCGCACAUUGUACUCUUCGAGUGACUAUCAUCACGGAUGAUAUGCUGACAAACAGCAUCACAGUACGCCUGGAAAACAUGUCCCAGGAGAAAUUCAUGUCCCCGCUUCUUUCACUGUUUGUGGAAGGGGUUGCUACCGUAUUGUCUACCACCAAGGAUGGAAUUUUUGUCUUCAAUAUUCAAAAUGACACAGAUGUCAGUUCCAACAUUCUUAAUGUGACUUUUUCUGCACUUCUUCCUGGGGGUGUCCGUAACAAGUUUUUUCAUUCUGAAGAUCUCCAGGAACAGAUUUACCUCAACAGGACCCUUCUAACCAUGAUUUCCACACAGCGUGUCCUGCCUUUUGAUGACAACAUUUGUUUGAGAGAACCUUGUGAGAAUUACAUGAAGUGUGUGUCUGUCCUAAAGUUUGACAGCUCUGCCCCCUUCAUUAGCUCAAACACAGUACUUUUUCGCCCCAUUCAUCCUAUCAAUGGAUUGAGGUGCAGAUGUCCUCCUGGAUUUACUGGAGACUAUUGCGAAACAGAAAUUGAUCUCUGCUACUCCAAUCCUUGUGGCAAAAAUGGGCUGUGUCGAAGCAGAGAAGGUGGCUACUCUUGUGAGUGCAAUGAAGAAUACACAGGAGAACACUGUGAAGUGAGUUCCAGAUCUGGACGCUGUGUUCCCGGCGUCUGCAAGAACGGAGGAACCUGUAUUAACUUGCUUAUUGGUGGUUUCAAGUGUGAAUGUCCAGCAGGUGAAUUUGAGAGGCCUUACUGUGAAAUGACCACAAGAAGCUUCCCACCACAAUCCUUUAUUACAUUCAAAGGAUUAAGGCAGCGUUUCCAUUUCACAGUCUUCCUAAUGUUUGCUACCAGAGAAAGGAAUGCUCUGCUGCUUUACAAUGGGAGGUUUAAUGAAAAGCAUGACUUUAUUGCACUUGAGAUCAUUGAAGAGCAGAUCCAGCUAACUUUCUCAGCAGGAGAAACCACAACCCGUGUGACCCCCUAUGUUGAAGGAGGAGUGAGUGACGGGCAGUGGCAUUCCGUGCAAGUGCAGUACUACAACAAGCCUAACAUUGGAAGACUUGGUAUCCCACAUGGACCAUCUGGGGAGAAGGUGGCUGUUGUUACAGUAGAUGACUGUGAUACAGCUGUGGCUAUACGGUUUGGAAACUUGAUCAAGAACUAUACAUGUGCUGCUCAGGGGACCCAAACAGGUUCCAAGAAGUCUCUUGACUUGACUGGACCUCUUCUACUGGGAGGUGUUCCUGAUUUGCCUGAAGACUUCCCCGUUCAGAAUCGCCAGUUCACUGGAUGCAUGAGAAAUUUAACCAUUGACAACAAGCCAGUAGACAUGGCUAGUUUUAUAGCCAAUAAAGGCACUUUAGCAGGAUGCAGUGCUAAGAAAAAUUUCUGUGAAAACAUCUUAUGUCAAAAUGGAGGGACAUGUGUGAAUAAGUGGAACACCUACUACUGCAAGUGUCCUCUGCACUUCGGUGGGAAGAACUGCGAACAAGCAAUGCCUUUCCCUCAGCAUUUUCAAGGCAAUGGAAUUGUGAUUUGGUCUGAGAUGGAUAUCAUGAUUUCUGUGCCUUGGUAUAUCGGACUAAUGUUCAGGACGCGGCAAUCUACUAGCGUGUUAAUCCAGGCUAACGCAGGAACUUCACGGAUUAAUAUUCAGAUAUUAAACAAGUACAUUCAGUUUGAAGUAUUCAAUGGCCUCAGCCGCAUUGCAAGCAUGAUCAUCCCUCAGACCCAUGUGAGUGACGGUGAAUGGCAUCACUUGCUCAUAGAACUGAAAAGUUCCAAAGAUGGAAAAGACAUCAAAUACCUGGCCAUAAUGUAUCUAGACUAUGGAAUGUAUCAGAACUCUGUGGAAAUUGGGAACGACCUUCCUGGUCUAAAGCUGAAGAAUAUCUUUGUUGGAGGUCUCACCGACGCAGAAGGCACCGUAACACAAGGUUUUAAUGGAUGCAUGAAGGGAGUAAGAAUGGGAGAAACCUCAACAAAUAUUGCCACUCUCAAUAUGAACAAAGCAAAAAUAAUCAAUGUAGGCAGUGGCUGCCAAGUAGACAACCCGUGUGACACUAACCCCUGUCCAUACAACAGUGAUUGCAAUGAUGAUUGGAAAAGUUUCUCAUGCCAUUGCGAGCCAGGGUUCUUUGGAAAAGACUGUUUAGAUGUGUGCAGCCUGAACCCCUGUGAGCAUGUUUCUACAUGUGUUCACAAGCCGAGCUCUUCUCAUGGAUACACAUGUGAAUGCGGAUCCAGCUACUAUGGGCAGUACUGUGAGAACAAAGUUGAUUUGCCCUGUCCUAGGGGCUGGUGGGGGAACCCUAUCUGUGGGCCAUGUAACUGUGACAUCAGUAAAGGCUUUGACCUUGACUGUAAUAAGACAAAUGGAGAGUGCCGCUGUAAGGAUAACUAUUAUAAACCCCAAGACAGCGAUACUUGUUACCCAUGUGACUGCUUCCCCUCUGGUUCUUAUGCCCGUACCUGCGACAUGGAGACAGGACAAUGCCCUUGUAAAGCAGGAGUUAUUGGCCGACAGUGCAAUCGUUGUGACAGUCCAUUUGCAGAGGUUACCAGUCAAGGCUGUGAAGUGAUUUAUAAUGGAUGUCCCAAAGCGUUCGAGGGUGGAAUCUGGUGGCCACAGACAAAGUUUGGUCAGCCAGCUGCUGUUCCGUGCCCCAAGGGAUCUGUGGGAAACGCAAUCCGGCACUGUAGCGAGGAAAAGGGCUGGCUACCUCCUGAACUUUUCAAUUGCACCACCAUGACCUUCCUGGAGCUGAAGACUUUGAACGAGAAGCUGCACCGCAACGAGACUACUUUGGACAGUGACAAAUCAAUCAUGAUUGCCCGGGUGCUGCAAAAUGCCACCAACCACACAAAGGACUUCUAUGGGAACGAUAUCCGAACCGGCUACCAACUUCUUGUCAGGGUACUGCAGCAUGAGAGCCAAAAACAAGGCUUUGACUUGGCUGCAACAAGGGAUGUGGAAUUCAAUGAGAAUGUCAUACACGCAGGGAGUGCCAUCCUAGACCACAAGAACAAGGACCACUGGAGCCAGAUCCAGAGAACUGAAGGUGGCACGGCUCACCUCCUGAAACAUUAUGAAGAGUAUGCUAACAACAUAGCUAGGAACAUGAAGAGGACAUACAUGAAACCUUUUGUCAUUGUAACUCCAAAUAUUAUCAUCGCAGUUGACAUAUUUGAUAAGGCUAAUUUCACUGGUGCCAAGGUCCCGGCAUUCAAUGAGAUAUACGAGGAUUAUCCAAAAGAUCUCGAGUCAUCAGUCAUAUUCCCUGACACUUUGUUUAAACCCCCUGAAAAAAAAGUGGCCCCUACAGCUAAACCUCCAUACCAGCAAUUUCAAAGUAGAGAUGACGGAUAUGAGGCAAGCCUGUCCAAAAGAAAAAAGAGGCAGCCUGACCAUUCAAACCAGCAUGCUGUUGCUAUGGUGAUUGUGUACCGUUCCUUAGGCCAGCUAUUACCGGAGCAAUAUGACCCAGACCGUCGAAGCUUAAGGGUUCCCAAUCGUCCCAUCAUAAACACACCUAUUGUAAGCACAACUGUUCAUAAUGAAGGAGACCCCUUGCCUGCGCUUUUGGAGAAGCCAAUAAUACUGGAAUAUACUAUGCUGGAAACAGAAGAGAGAACUAAGCCCGUCUGUGUGUUCUGGAACCACACAAUAAUAAUUGGAGGAGCCGGAGGCUGGUCUUCCAGAGGGUGUGAUCUUAUUUCCAGAAACAAAAGUCAUGUUACCUGUCAGUGUAAUCACAUGACCAGUUUUGCUGUGUUAAUGGACAUUUCUAAAAGAGAGAACGGGGAAGUGCUUCCCCUGAAGAUCAUUACAUACGCCUCUGUGUCGAUUUCACUGGUGGCUUUGCUGCUGACCUUUAUUCUGCUGGUUCUUAUCAGAACCCUACGUUCCAACAUUCAUAAUAUCCACAAAAAUCUGGUGGCUGCCCUUUUCUUGUCUGAGUUGGUCUUUCUCAUUGGAAUCAAUCAGACUGAUAAUCCGUUUGUGUGCACUGUGAUUGCUAUCCUCCUCCAUUACUUUUAUAUGAGCACCUUUGCCUGGAUGUUUGUGGAAGGACUUCACAUCUACCGCAUGCUGACAGAAGUGAGGAACAUCAACUCCGGCCACAUGCGAUUUUACUAUGUUGUGGGUUAUGGGAUCCCAGCCAUUAUCACAGGGCUCGCAGUUGGGCUGGAUCCUCAGGGUUAUGGAAAUCCAGAUUUCUGUUGGUUGUCUGUACAUGACACACUUAUCUGGAGUUUUGCCGGACCCAUUCUUGUGGUCGUCACUAUAAACAUAGUCAUCUUUGUGUUGGCUGUAAAGGCAUCUUGUGGACACAGACAGCGGGCAUUUGAAAAAACCGGAGUCAUCUCUGCACUGAGAACCGCUUUCCUGAUGCUCCUCUUGAUCAGUGCAACGUGGUUACUGGGACUUAUGGCCGUUAACAGCGAUGUGAUGACCUUCCAUUACCUCUUUGCCAUCUUCAGCUGUUUGCAGGGUCUCUUCGUUUUCUUUUUCCACUGUGUCUUUAAUAAGGAAGUCCGCAAGCACUUAAAGAAUACUUUUAGUGGAAAGAAAGCUCUAGCAGACGACUCCACAACAACAAGAGCCACGUUGUUAACACGAACUCUAAACUGCAACAAUACAUAUAUGGAUGAGCCAAACAUGUACAGGACAGGCAUCGGAGAGUCCACUGCCUCACUGGAGAGCACCGUCAGGUCAGCCAAGAGCCACAAUAGCUACCUUGCUUAUAUUCUCAGAGAUGAAGCUGCCCAGAAGCUUAGCACGUCUUCUGGACAAACUCGGGCUGAGGUAGAUUCCUCCUUUUUGCGCAGAGCACGCUCCAAUGGCCAUGAUUCUGAUUCAGACAGCGAGCUCUCCCUUGAUGAGCACAGCAGCUCAUAUGCGUCUUCACGUUCCUCGGACAGCGAGGAAGAUGGGAUUGAAACUGAAAAACAAUGGAAGCCAUCAAGUCCCAAAAACAACGAAAGAGGCCCUGUCCACAGUACUCCUAAAGUGGAUUCUAUACCGAAUCACAUUAAACCUUAUUGGCCUGGAGAUGGUAUGACCGCCAGUGACAGUGAGGAUCAAGGUGGAAGAUGUAAGUUGAGAGUGGAGACCAAGGUGAAUGUUGAGCUGCAUAACGAAAACAAGGUCAAUCAUUGUGGGGACACACCUCACGAUAAAGAGAAUGAGGCACACCUCAAGGAUGGCAAGCUGGUCAUCAAUCAAAACAACCAGCAGCCGGAACUGAGAAAAGGUAUUUUAAAAAAUAAGGUAACAUACCCUCCACCUCUGACGGACAAAAACAUGAAAAAUCGACUGCGUGAAAAAUUAUCUGAUUACAAUCAAAGCACCAUCUCAUCAAAGCCUUCGUCUCUGUGCUCUAAUGAUGGUGUCCGUCCAGUAACAGACCCCGGGAUGAGUAUUAAAAAUGUUCAGAGGAAUCACUCUCGAGAGCAAAUUAAUGGCAUGGCUUUGAGUGUGCAGGUUGGACCUACAAACGGAGAGGCAUCAGAUUCAGACGGCAGUAAUGAAACCUCCAUUUGAAUCAUCAGGAAACCAUGAAGGCUGCUAGUAAACCGGAGUGCUGGUGGAAGUGUGGACCUCCCUGUGCAGAAGAGCUCACCUGUCAGCAUUGAGGAUGUGUUAUUGCAAUUACUUAAAAUGGCAUGCUUGUGACUGCUUUUAAACCAAGCAAUGAAAAAAAGCCAUUUAUUAAGCGAGGAUCCCUGCUCCAAAGCUCCAUGCUGGACGCCAGUGCCAAAAGAAAAAUCAAUGAGACUCCAUUGCCUUGGAUGCACAAGACGUCAACGUUAUGGAUCUUGCUACAGAAGAUCAGCAGUCACUCCAAGCCAUACAUGGAAACGAGAUUGUCUUGUGUUCAGCCUGUGCUCAUGACUUUGGAAUACAUGUAAAUACAAUGGAUGUACUAUUUUCAAAUCAGCACUGUAUAGAGAACCCUCCUGCAUGGGGUCCAGCUUGCUGAUUGUUACGUGUCUGUCACAAUGUGACAUUCCAGCCUACUGAACAAUACUCACAGGAAUGACACCAAGUGCCCUUCAUUCAUUUCACCACAUUACAAAUUGUCUUAAAAAGAAUCAGCUUAUAAAUCUAUGAAAAAACAAACAAA